ACGAGCGGACGCGCAUUUCUAUCGUUCGCCUACAAUUAGUUGCCAACUAAUUGUCCCGUAGUGUCAAUUAACUCGACUGGAAGUGAAAUUUUACAGAGAAUUUCAAUUUAUGUGCAAAAUAAUAUGCAUAUAUGUAUACUUCAUGUAUUGAUAAAUAGAAUUGAAACAAUUCAUCAAUUAAUAAAUAAAAACUGUGCUCAAUAAAAAAGUGGCUUCUAAAUACUAAAAAAUCGUAAAAAUUAUCGUAGUAAUUCUUCUUAAACUAUUCUUCGGAGUCAUGGAUUAUGAAUUAUUGCACAACUAUCCAUUGAUGCUGGAUAUGCUGUGUGAGCAGCAGAGUAUUAGUCCUGCGCACUCGGAUGUCUCCAACGGCAGCGAGUCGGGCAAGCCACGACAAGAAGUAAAUGCACGGGAGCGUAGUCGUACACAAAGGUUUGUCAAUUCCGCCUUUACAACGCUGCGCAGCUUGAUACCAACCGAACCGUGUGAUCGUAAAUUAUCGAAGAUCGAAAUAUUGCGUCUGGCUAAGAGUUACAUAGCCCAUCUAGACGCCGUUAUAAUGACGGGCAAUAGCGACAGACCGUGUGCAAAUUAUUCCAGUCAACAUCGAUGCGAGAAUAUUAUGUCCAGCGAUAAACCUCGAUCAAAUAUCUGCACAUUUUGCGCGACUUUAAGCGCAAAUAAAAGUUAGACGGUGCAGCGGAGGCGUUUUAAAAGGCACGAAUCGAAGUAAUCAUGUAAAAGUAUACAUGCUUUAAUUGAUCAUAUAUCACACAUUUAGUAUAUAUAUACAUAUAUAUUUAGUAUAUGUAUACAUAUAUGGAUAUAACUAUAUGGUGGAGUGAUUCUGAGAUUGUUUGUAAUAUAUUUUUUAUUAUAAUGAAUAAAAGCAUAAUACUAAAGGG